AUGGACCGCGCCGAGUUGACGUCCCGCAUCAUUCCGCUUAUGACCCUCUCUACAGGGGAAGCCCCCCUAACUAGACCGAUUCCAAUCCCUGCAGAUAUUCCACCUGCCCUGCGCGCCCAAGCCAGAUUCCAAGUUCAGGGGAAUGCUAUAGUUACUGGCGGCGCUGGAGACCUUGGCUUCGCUGCUGGCCGAGCCCUGCUAGAGCAUGGGCUACAGGGACUAAUGAUCUGGGACAUCGAUCCCCCAUCAUCUCUUGUCAAGGUUGAAGCCCUUCAAGCGGAGUUUCCAACUCGCACAAUCAAAUUUCUCAGGGUCGACGUGACCGACGCAGAGGAUGUGCAGAAAGCUGUUGCCAGCACUGUUGAGCUCUUGGGAGGUGUCAAUAUCCUUCUGACAUUCGCCGGUGUGGCCAGCUGCGACCACGCAACUGCGGUACCGGCAAAGGAGUGGCGACGUGUCUUUGAGAUCAACACCACUGGAUCAUUCCUCUGUUCACAGGCUGUUGUCAACGCAAUGGCUGUGGCCGGAAAGGGUGGAAACAUUGUUCAUGUGGCCUCCAUAUCAGCACACCGGGUCAAUUAUCCGCAGCCCCAGGCCGCGUACAAUGCAUCAAAAGCUGCUGUCUUGGCCAUGACCAAGUCUCUAGCUGCUGAAUGGGCGACUCACGGAAUCCGGGUAAACAGCAUCAGUCCCGGAUACAUGGAUACCAUCCUCAACGACGGAGCCGGCUUGGAGGUGGCUCGGAAUAUUUGGAAUGAGCGGAAUCCGAUGGGCCGCAUGGGUUACCCAGAUGAACUCUGCGGUGCCGUUGUGCUAUUAUCUAGUAACGCCGGUCGUUACAUCACUGGGGCGGAUAUCGUCAUUGAUGGCGGACAGACCCUGUUCUGA